AUGAUGAACUUCGAACUUGCAUCAAUGAAUGCAUUCGGUGAUAAAUUUGUAACAACAACAAAUUCAUCAAUAGUAUCCGGUUGUUUUUUCAUCUACAAAAUAGUAUUCAACGUCAAGUACAAGUCAGGCUUAGGCUUCAAAAAGAAUUAUGAACAAGAUCCAGUAUUUUCUCAUCAUGUUAAUCAAAUGGCUGCUCUUGCAUUUCUUCAACCGAAUGAUGUUAGUCAAGGCUUUGAUGACCUGUACAAUUCAUUACCACAAAUGUUACAUCCAUUAUUAGACUAUUUUGAAGAUACAUAUAUUGGUAGAAAUCGUACACAAGGAAGAGCAAAACCAAUGUUUGAAAUUGAAUUAUGGAACAUGCAUCAAAGGACAACUGAUCGUUUAAUGCGGACUAGCAACUCAGCUGAGACUUUGCAUCGCCGCUUAAGCUCUAUUAUGCAAUGUCAACAUUCUACACUUUGGUCUUGCAUUAAUAAUUGA